CUAACAGACCUAUGUCUUUUCCAUUCUGUUUUGAAUUGCAUGUCCACUUUUACCCUCUUUGAUUAAUCUCACACUGUUUGAUUAAUUUCAUGAUCAUUAAUGAUAACUUACAAGCUAUCAAUGGUUAUUAUAGGAUAUUAUUCAGAUUUUCCUUUUAAUUCUUACAUGCUUAUUUUAAAUUUUGAUUUAAACCAGUUUUGAAUUUUUAAUUUGAAUUAAGUUUUCUGCUCAGCAGGUUAAAGACAGAGAAGCAGCACUUUCCCCCCCCUUGUGGUGAAAACCAGCUACUCCUUCUCCCUUGUUUCAUUACUGUCUUUUAAUUUGAUGUUUAUUAUUUUUCUUCUCUCUUUUGACUUAGGUUAUUUUGAUAAUUACCAUUAUUAUCAUAAUUCAUUUGUUUUGUUUUAUCAUGAUUAGGUAAAGCUGUUACCUUUCCUCUCUACAUAUAGUUACUCAAUUGAUGUUAAACAAACCAAACCUUAAUUAACUUUAAGUUUCCUUUGUUCAUCCUUUGUGUAUUUGAUUGUAGAACCCCCUCGGUGAUUGGACAGUCAUCUCAGGUUUCCAGUGAGCAAGGCUGCCCGACCGGUGUUACCGAUACUGGCUGCGAGUGAAACUCGGUCCCUCUUGUCUCAAGAGACAUCAGCAAUUUUGGCACUCCAAAGGUUGUGCUAAAAGUCACAAGCCGUGCUGUCCUGCGACACGCCAGAGUAACGGAGGACCGGGGACACUGCGGUUCAGUGUUUGGGGAGCACCGGGGAGGUUGACCAAGCCACUGGUUCCCACCUGAAUGACUUCAAUUCAACCAGAGACAGUAACCUGGGAGCCACCAACGAAGUUAAAUAGUAGAGCGACCACCAGCAGCCGGUGUCAUCACACGACCCGCUAGGCUACUGCCUGUCAAAUCUCCAUUUCAGGUCCUUCGUUGACCCAAGUUAAUUGGCUACUUAACUGUCUGACUGUUUGCAUCAGUCAGCCCCAAAAUUCUCAUAAACGGCACAGCCCGUAUGAAUAUAGCUCGUUAAACGUAGAACGAACUUGCAUUGGUCUUUUUGUGUGUGUGUGCUGUGCUUCUCUCACCGACAGAGAAUCAGGAUGUUCCAGGCAUCCAGUCCAGCAGUCCACGGGGGCCACCUCUCGACAUGGUUGAAAGCAGUGACGACCCCCUUCCUGCCCAAGGAUGCCAUUAACCUGCAGCACCCAGAGCAACUAGACACCGAGCUAGAUGAACUGAUGGCACGCGAUCCAAACCAAAGCGACUACUACAGAGAACUCGCCAGGAUCUUCGGAAGCCUAGUUCCCAUUCUCGUCGCCCAGGCACCGCUCAGUGAACGGAGCAACAUCGCGGAGGAGGCCUGGAAGGACCAGGCCCCAACCCAGAGUCAUCUUGAUCAGCUUCUCCUCGAGACCCAGAACCAGCGCGAGAAAGAGGACGACACAGAUCCAGAGCUACAGAAAGGAGUUGAAAGACUUCACAAUGCCCUGCAAGAUCUUCGCCUCGACACAGAUCAAAGAGAACAGCUGGAGAGAGAAGCCAGAAAAGAACUCAACAAAAAACUCCAGCAAGGCGACGCUCUCCUAAAAAGAGCAGAGACUGAACUGAAAGAAAAAGACUAUAAAACCUGGGCCUGCAAAACACACUUGCAAGCGGCCCAAGCUAAAUUCAACAAGCUUACUCUGCAGAGAGACGAGCUCCAAGAUGAACUUGACACUGUUCACACAGAACUGAGACAAUCUCACAGAUUACAGAGUGGCUGGAUCGGAGAAACGCACCCCACAAAAUUUCUCCCGGGCCGCCACUCCAACCCUUUCAGCCAAGAACCCAGAGCUGGAAAAGGGGGUGUAGUCUCCCUUCUAAGGAAAUCACCAGCCAGCUUACAAGAACAUCUGUCAAUAACGGAGGGAAGAGAACCCUUCCAGAGAACGCAUGUCACCAAACCCUGCACUGCUCACAGAGAACUUCACAAGCUAGCCAGAAGCAUCUCUACAUUCAUUCCAGAUCCUGCAGGAGGACAUGAUGUUCAUGCUUCUUUACAAGCCAUUGACUUUCAUUUGCAAACUGUCGCCAACGUGACAGAUGUGAACACAUUGUACCUGUUAAAAAUCACGGCCAGCCGUGAUGUGCAUUGCUUUCUGGAUCGUCAACCAGAGACUGUCAAAGCGUACUACCAGCAACUGCUACAGACUUUGAUUCUUGAAUUCUCUGAUCCAAACUCAGAUCAUGGGCUCCUUAUUGCUAUGGACCUCAAACAGGGCCGAUUUGAAAACCCACAGACUUUCUGUAGUCAGCUACGAAACACCUACUUCGGAGCAUGCAACGAACCAGGUAUGGAACAGGAUUUCAACUUAAAAACUCUGUUCCUCCCAAACCUACAUGCCAGUUGGAGUUUUCAUCUCAGAGUCCCAGCGUGUCCCCGUAACAGAACUACACAAGAGUUACGGAACUUAGCCCACAAAGCUUGCACCAAGCAAAGGACUAUUUGUGAAAAGACUGUGAAAAACCCCAACGUCUCUGUCUCUGAGCACUGCUUGGAGUUAACCCUAGAUGGCGCCCUACAACACCACAGUCACAGACAUUUUUACAGAGAGUCAAUACCAUUCCAAGCCAGCAGAGGGCAACACAGUGCAGCCACGUCUGAGACAGCAGAGAUCCUGAGGGUGCUGAAAGAUCUUCUUCACAUGAAUACUCGCAAGGAAGAUGAGCCAAGCACCCAGAACACUGCCCGAGCUCCACAGUCAACAGCUACAGCUAACUGAACGAGACAGCACAGGUCCUCACACCAGGUACCACAAACACAAGGUACCAGAAAAUGCUGUUUUGACUACCUGCCUUCGCAGCGAGCUACACAAGACCGGUCCUCAUCACCCACCGAUCGUCCCACCUGCCCUAAUGCCAACAUUCCUGGGCAGCCCUGUCAAAAAGGGGGUGGGUCAAAAAGGAGUCAACAGGGAAGACCUGAUCGACACAGGAUUAAACCUGACGGUGAUCUCAUCUUACCUUUUCAAAAGACUCCAAUUUGAAGCUAAGAGACAAGAUCGAACUCUUACACCUCAAACUUAUGAACUGAAUGUACAGGUGUACAGACAGGAUGACAUCCAGUUUGAACAGGUUGUUUCCAUUCACCUGACAUUCGUUCCGAUGAGUCUAAUACAUCCCAUGUAUGUCCCACCAAUGAACACUCAUACAUUGCUCAUCGACAAAGACCUGCUAGAACACUUUGACCCUUUUCUGAACUUCAAACAGCUAAAAGACUUUGCUCAAGUGCGAGAACCUCUUUCUCUCCAGCCACACAGGUUGCUAGAGCCAGACUGUCAGGUCGCAGAGGUCACGGGAACUCCCACAGAGCCAGACGGUCAGGUCACAGAGGUCACGGGAACCCCAGCAGCCAGCCAUGAGUACAACGCCCUAACAACAGGCCCAAGUUCAAGCCUCUGUACCUUAGUCAACAAACAGGGUACGGUGGUACCAGCUUACACCAAAGGGGUCGCUGUUCGGCUCAACCUGCAAGGUGGUCAAACCUUACACCACACGCUGGGUUUCUUCCAAUCCUCACCUGAAUGUGUGGAACUCGGACUCACACUUGCAAACAACAAGCAUGUCAAACACCAACACCUGUUCUAGCAAUGUGAUAACAUCACAAAAACACACAAUGUGAUCGUGUACUGGAAGAAGGAAAAGGGACACUCAAAGUUACCAAGUCUAGACGAGGACUUUAAAGAUCACACUGACACCCUUGCCAAAACUGGCACACUAAACAACAUUCUGUGGUCACUCCCAACCCACCCACCCACAUUCAAGGUUGAAGUGAUUACACACAGCACAAGAACUUUACUAGCUAAACUGCCUACCUCAGAAUCGCUUACGCAGGCUCCGUUGUCUACACAGACCAACAUAGCGGACAUGCGGGCUUCUGAAACCUUGAUAAUGACUUUGUUUUACCACCUCUCAGACCCCUCCAUCCACCCUGGCAACCAGUCUACAGUCACUGACAACCAAAGCCCCAGACCACUGCAUGAUACACAAACCAUGCUGCGUGCACAGAACAAUAUUGUGGGUUGUGCACCGUCUGACAUCACAAUGCCAGGGCGUGUAAUGCCACGGAGCAAAAGGGGGAUAAGGCCAAUAUAUUUCCAUGACGCAGCAUGUGCUGCACCACGCAGCACCAGAGCCACUGACAAAACACUGAAGCAAGCGUCAUGCCAGCAGCAAGAUGUGGCAAAACAUGGGCGAGGGCGAGCUAAACCCAGUCACCGCCCACGAAGCAAAGAGACUGUCCUGUCCAACCAAAGACAGGCCUUGUUUGUUUCUUUCUCCCCUUUCUCUCUCUCUCUCCCUAUUAUCUGUACCAGGAUGCUGCUGUGGUUUGCCGUGCCGUGCUGUCAGCCAAAGAGAGGACAGCUGCCACCGAGAAAACCGCUGAGACUCCUGACUACCGAUGACAGGGCACACUACCCCAGCACUGUAACCGAAUACAGCUGUACAAGGUUCCGAUGGAGAGAGGACUCCCUCACUCACACUGAGGCCGAUGUCAAACACCUGUUCAGCCAACAUGAGAAAGUGACGGUUACACAAAUGGAGUUAGGUGGACACCACCACCGCUCCAAACAGUUCCCGGGAGCUUUGCUUAGAGC